AUGGCUACUGCUACCGUGAGCCUCAUGGCCCCCCUCCUGCAGCAGCAACAGGCCCAGGAAGAGCCUCGCCAAGAUCUGCCCCGUCCCUACAAGUGCCCCCUCUGUGACAAGGCCUUCCACCGUCUUGAACACCAGACCCGUCACAUCCGCACCCACACGGGCGAGAAGCCCCAUGCCUGCACCUUUCCCGGCUGCACAAAACGUUUCUCUCGCUCAGACGAGCUCACCAGACACUCAAGGAUACACAACAACCCCAACUCCAGGAGGGGCAAGGGCCAGCAUGCCGCUGCUCACCAGGCUGCUGUCGCCGCUGUCCAGGCCGGUCUCAUGGAGCCUGGCUCGGGCCUCGCCCACAUGAUGGCUCCCCCUCCACCCAAGACCAUCUCUCGCAGUGCGCCUGGCUCGGCCAUUGGCUCGCCAAAUGUCUCGCCGCCGCACUCUUUCUCCACCUAUUCUCCCAACGUUGGCAACGACUUGGCUGCCUACCGUCACGGAGGCCUCAGCAGCAACAGCAACAGCAACAGCAACAGCAACAGCAACAGCAACAGCAACAGCCCGAAUGGCAUGUCAAGAAACAUGGACCUGCUUGCCGAUGCAGCUUCGAGGCUCGAGAACCGUCAUGGCCACCAUUCUCAUUCCAGCCGUCACCACCUGACUAGCCAUGGCUACCACCCCUACAGCAACCACCGCCUUCCUGGCCUUUCUCAGUACGCCUACUCUUCACAGCCCAUGUCGAGGUCGCAUUCCCACGAGGAUGACGACCCGUAUGCGCACAGGAUGACGAAGCGCUCGCGGCCGGGCUCGCCCAUGUCGACUGCGCCGCCUUCGCCGACUUUCUCCCAUGACUCGGCUAGCCCCACCCCCGACCACACUCCCCUUGCGACGCCUGCGCAUUCGCCCCGACUUCGACCGCACGGCUUUCACGAUCUCCAGUUGCCGCAUUUGCGCCACUUGAGCCUGAACCAGAACUACGUUCCUGCACUGGCUCCUAUGGAGCCCCAGACGGAUCGCGAGGCACCGUACGUCCCUAGCGCGUCGUCUGGUCUCAGGAUUGGCGACAUCAUCUCGAAACCCGAAGGUGCUCAGCGCAAGCUGCCUGUGCCUCAAGUGCCCAAGGUCGCCGUGCAAGAUCUACUCAACGGUCCCACAAAUAGUGGCUUUUCCUCCGGCAACUCCUCUGCGACACCAUCGAUAGCCGGCGAGGACCUUGCGCACCGCACAUAA